AUGCCGUCCAAAGGUGAGAAAAAGACAUUUUCGCAAUGGCAGCAGAUACUGAAGAAGCGUAAUUCCGAAUAUUCAAACGUAAUUGAUCGUAUCGAUAAAGCAAAUCCACCGUCUGAUCCACAAGAUCACGUUCAUUUUAAAGAUGGUCACACAUUACAACGAGAUGGCACAUGGAAACAUGGCAAAGGUCGUCCAUUAACAGCGUUGGAAAAAGAAUUUUGUGAUUUAUUGGAUUUCAAAUAUCAGACAUAA